UAUUUCUUUUUCCUAGAGAUGAAUUAUUAUAUCCUUAAUUUCUAGAUACAUUAAAAAAAGAAGUUGAUGGGAGCUAGUUCAUGCAAUAGUUUUUAAGGAAAAUCAGACCAUAUAAUAAUUUAGAAUCCAAUUUAGAGUAGAUGAAAUGAAACCUUGUAGAACCAAUGAACGUGACUUAUGAGAGCUAGUCCUUGGACUUUUAAAAAAAGUCAAAAUAAAGGAGCCUCUUUCUUCUUUCUUCUAACUUACACCGACCGUUGAGCCAUUUUUCCCUUUUUCAAGAGAUGUGGCCACUCUUUCCUCCCUAUAUUAACUUCUACUUUUUUCAUUAAUCUAUUAUUAAUUACAUUAUAUUUAUACACAAGUGUUUUUUAAUUUCUUAUUUAUUUUUAUUUUUAUUUUUUUAAAAAUAAAAAUAUUUAUUUAAUUAUUAUUUAUUGAGCUGUCAAUAGGUCAAAUUUUAGCUUUUCUCCUCCCAAGGCACAACCAAUAAAAAGUCGUCUACUUAACCAAAAAAAAAAAAACUAAUAAAUUCCUUUCAAUUCUCCCGGUUUGAAAAAUAACGUGUUUGACUUUGCAUCUGAUUUCUGUAAUUACAAGUUGUAAACAUGGCCUGAUUUCUUUCAUUCAUAUUAAAUUCUCUCUCCUACCAUUUCAUCACAUAUAUAUAAGCUCAUCAUUUUAACCUCUUUUUCUCCAACACCAAAUAAAGUUUUACUUCAUCCGUAUUAUUAUUUCAAUAUAUAUAUAUAAUAUAGUAUAUAGUCCAAAAAUAAAUAAAGAUGGAGGUGAAUAUUGAGAUCCCAUCACAUUUUCUAUGCCCAAUUUCGCUUCAAUUAAUGAGAGAUCCAGUUACAAUAUCAACUGGUAUUACUUUUGAUAGAGAUUUUAUUGAAAAAUGGCUUUUUUCUUGUAACAAAACAAUUUGUCCUGUUACCAAACAACCCCUAGAUGAUGAUGUUAGCUGCAUCAUCACCCCUAACCAUACUCUCCGCCGUCUGAUUCAAUCAUGGUGCACUCUUCACGCAUCUUACGGCGUAGAGCGUAUCCCUACUCCGACACAACCCCCUACUAUAACACAGUCUAACAUGAGCAAGUUAAUCUCCGAUGCAAGUAAGUCACCCCAACAGAUGAGGUACACCUGCUUGCAGAGAAUUCGGUCCUUCAUUGUUCCAGCCACGACUCAUUAUUAUUCGUCCAGAUGCAAGAAUAUUAUAGUUACUUGUGGAGGUCUCCAGUAUGUUGCAGAUGUGUUAAUAGAAAAGGAUGCAACAAGGAAAGAAAAGGAAGAAGCGCUGUUUAUUCUAGCACAAAUGGACAGCUACGAUCAAGAGUUUAAGAGCGUGAUCUUGAGAAAUGAUAAUUUUGCUGAUUUGUUUAUUGAUUCUUUAGUUGGGUUGUUAAGUAGUGAAUCGUCGUCUAAUAAUGAGAGAGAAAAUGCGAUUAAGGUGAUGAAGAUGGUUUAUAGUGUAGCGGAUCCUACUCGGUUGGGUAGUGUUGAGCAUGAGAUGUUUGCGCUUAUUGUUAGGGUUUUAAGAGAUAAGGUUUCGAAAGAGGCUACAAAAAAUGCGUUGAAGUUGUUUGUUGAGUUAAACCCUUGGGGGAGAAAUCGAGUCAAGGCGGUCGGGUCUGGGGCGGUCCAUGUGUUGGUGGAGCUGCUUUUGGAUGGGAUGUUGGAUCGACGAAUCUCGGAGUUGGCGUUGGUGGUGUUGGAUCAGUUAUGUGGAUGUGCGGAGGGAAGGGCGGAUCUGGUAGGGCAUGGUGCAGGGUUAGCGGUAGUGUCUAAGAAGAUAUUACGGGUGUCCCACGUGGCGAGUGAUCGGGCAAUAAGGAUAUUGUCGACGAUAUCAAGGUACGUGGGAACGGCGAAGGUGGUUGGGGAGAUGAUGGAGGUAGGGGUGGUGGCGAAGUUGUGCUUGGUCAUACAGGUGGAUUGUAGUUCAAAGACUAAAGAGAGGGCUAAAGAAAUGUUAAGGUUGCAUUCUAGGGUUUGGAAGAAUUCUCCUUGCAUCCCUCCUCAUUUGAUUUCUUCAUAUCCAACUAAUUGAUUAGAUCGAUCUUAGUCAACGAUUGAUUUCAAUGUGAGAUUCUAAAAUUUUGUGAAAUCAUCGAUUAAUUAAUUUAAGUUCACUACACAACACAAAUUAAAAUUGUUUUUAGUCAUUGAUAUUAUUAUUGGUGAGAAAACACAUAAAAAUAUGGAGUAGUAUAUAUAUAGUUUUCGAUGUUUGUGAACAUUACUCACUAUGUCUAUUAUUAUACUGAGUCUAAUUUGUACAACUAGCUAAUACGACAUCAAAAUGCAGAAGGACGAAAAGUUGUAUACAUCUAUGUACAUUAUUAUUAUUAUUAUGGAAGAAAGAUCAAGAAAUGCACGCAAGUUCACAAAGAUGUGGUGCUAAUUUUGGUAGUACUUUCACAAUUUAAUGUAUAAAAAAUGAUCUGAUAUAUUAUACUCUGAUCUAAGUCUUGUUUA